AUGACUUCAAAUGCUGGCUCUUUGCAAAUCUCCAUUGAUUCGACUGCUGAUUCCAACACGCCUGUACCAUCACCUCUUUCCUCCUAUGUGACCCAUAGUCCCGAGUCUCGCAAACACGCCCGAUCCCACCGAUCCCACGAGAUGACUGAGCGAGACGAAGAUCUAGGCCAAGGGCCUCCGGACACUGCUAUCGGACAGUUCUCUUUUGCUCCCACUACUCGGACUACGGUCGUCACAACUACUACAACUACAACCACAUCAUUCCCACCCCUGACCAUCAAACCACCCCGUGCGGUGAAGGAUUUGGACACUCGACAAUACCCCCUCGCCUCGUCACCUACUCCGGCUGCACUGAGGAAUCUCAAAUUCAAAAUAGGCGACAAGUCUAUCGUUUUUCACGAGCCCGAGGACACACCAACUGCUACCGCCGAGGUAAGAUAUCCGCCACCCCCACAUUUUAAUCGCCCUAGAAGGCUCACACAACAACAGCAAAAGGAGAGAAAUGAGGCGUUGCGGACCUCAAAUGGCCAGAUUCGCUCGGUGAAUUCGUUUGUCUCCGAGGGCGAGAACCCCACUCAGCGACUCGCACCUUCGAAUCUCACGAGUCAAUCUUCCGGCAACUCCUCCGACUCUCGGCGCCGUGCGGUCUCGCCCGUAUCCAUCCCAGAUUCGCGACCAUUUAUUCUGCCUCGGACUCGCUCGAAUCGGGUUCCAUCUGAACCCAUCACACGCCGCACUCGCCAGAGUGGCGUUCCACCAACUCAUCUCGCCGCUGGAUUGGCCACCCCCGACACUGAGGUCAACACUGGGGGACUCGGCGAGCAUGUGGCACCGAAACCGAGGGUCCACAGCGCGGUAUUUCCUCGAAGAGAGCCUCCUUUGCCGUCGCCUCUUUCCUCUGAGAUUGGGGCCAAGGGGUCACAUACGUCCCACCCAAGUCUCAAUCUGCAGAGCGGCUUGUCUGGCAAUCGGUCCAGCUCCAUGCCCGGAGAGUCAAUUGCGCAGGAAGUGGACAAAAACUGUCCAUCUACGCAAGAAGUGGCUUCAUUUGACCAUGACUCGACAUAUGAUACGCAGGAAUCCGCACAGGAGCGACCAGAGCUGACUUCUCAGCUUUCGGCGAUCGACAAUGCCAUGGCGCAAGACAUGUGUCUCCCCAGUCCUAGUCUCUCGCCGGUCGCCGCUAUGAACGCUCUGCAUGGUGAAUCCUCAUUUGACUCAGAAGGCUUCGAUAACGAUACAGAUUCAAGUCUAGAUCACAAUGUUUCGCGUCUCUCUAGGGCUCUGCGACUCCACGAUGGAGAUGGUGGUCGGUCAGUCGGCCAUCUUGCUGCCAGCUUGCGAUCUCCGUCUUCACUCAUGGAUAUGCCAAAAGUUUUCGACUUCUUUGACUCCGUACCAGAUGAAGUCAAAACUUACAUGAUGUACCAGUUCCUCAGGAGAUGCCCCAAACCAACUCUGCAUUUUGUGGCCGAUGUGGUCAAUCCAACUCUGAAGUGUGACUUCCUCACCCUUCUCCCUCUAGAGCUCAGCCUCAACAUCGUCAAAUACCUUGAUGUGCAGACUAUGUGCCGUGCUGCGCAAGUGUCCAAGCGUUGGAGACAUAUUACCAACUCCGACGAAAAGAGCUGGAAGAACCUACUCGUCAGUAACGGUUAUUCACUCUCAGAGGGAGAACUGGAGCGAGCAAUCAGGCAAGGAUGGGGGUGGCAGUUGUGCAGCGGUCCUGAGAAUCACGAGGAAGAUCUCAGCAUUGCUGAACUACCUGUCGUGGAUAGAGAAGCUUCUCCUGUUCCUUCAACCGCUGGUUCCAGCUGUAGAAGCCCUCUGGGAGUUUUGCCCGUCAACAGACGACCUAAAAGAAAAGCAAACACGCGUAUCUCGAGUCGCAAGCUUGCCAAGCGAAAGGUCUCUGCAAUUGGUGGGGAGUUUGCAGACCCAGAUUGGAGGAAAGACAUCGCUGCAUCGGAGACCCCUUAUGCCGCUGCCAAUGCUGCAGCCUCUGCAGUGCCCUAUGCUGAGGUUGGAUUGCCGUCCCUCCGUGGCAUUUCUCUUUUCAAGGUUCUCUACCGCCGUCAUGUCUCCAUUCACAAAGGAUGGAUGCAGCCAGAUGUUAAACCUCAGCACAUUGCCUUCCGUGCUCAUGAUCGUCAUGUGGUCACUUGCUUGCAAUUCGAUGCUGACAAGGUUCUCACAGGAAGUGAUGAUACCAAUAUCAAUGUCUACGACACCAAGACAGGUGCUCUCAAGGCAACACUACAGGGUCACGAGGGCGGUGUCUGGGCUCUUGAAUAUCAUGGCAACACACUGGUCUCCGGCUCAACUGAUCGCACGGUGCGAGUCUGGGACAUUGAGCGGGCCAGGUGUACUCAGAUAUUCCACGGCCACACUUCUACAGUGCGUUGUCUGCAAAUCGUCAUGCCAACUGAAAUCGGUAGGGAUGCAAAUGGCCAGCCAGAGAUCAUGCCAAAGGAACCCUUGAUCAUCACUGGAUCUCGGGAUUCAAGCCUGCGAGUUUGGAAGCUUCCUAAGUCUGGUGACCCAUCCUACUACCAGAGUGGCUCUGUAGUGGAAGACAGUGCUUGCCCAUACUUCCUCCGUGUCCUUUCAGGCCACCAACAUUCAGUUCGUGCAAUUGCAGCCCACGGAGAUACUCUCGUCAGUGGUAGCUAUGACUGUACCGUGAAGGUGUGGAAGAUUUCUACCGGACAAACCUUGCAUACCCUUCAAGGCCAUUCGAUGAAGGUUUAUAGUGUUGUUCUUGACCACAAGCGCAACCGCUGCAUCAGUGGAGCCAUGGACCAUAUGGUCAAAGUGUGGUCACUGGACGAUGGGUCUGUCCUCUAUAACCUCGAAGGCCAUACAUCUCUUGUCGGACUGCUGGCCUUGGAGCAUGAAUUCCUUGUUUCAGCCGCGGCCGACUCCACCCUCCGUAUAUGGGACUCCGUGCACGGCCACUGCAAGAACACAUUGAGCGCACACACUGGCGCCAUAACCUGCUUCCAGCACGACGAUCAAAAAGUGAUCUCCGGAUCCGAUCGUACGUUGAAAAUGUGGGACGUGCGCACCGGUGAAUGUGUUCGCGACCUCCUCACGGAUCUCAGUGGUGUGUGGCAGGUGAAAUUCAAUGACCGCAGAUGUGUCGCUGCAGUCCAGCGCGACAAUCUGACCUAUAUCGAAGUUCUUGACUUCGGAGCUGCCCGAGACGGUGUCCCAGAUACCAAACUCGCAAAGCGAAUCGUCGUCAACAGACGGGGGCAAGAAGUCGUCAACGGCGCUGAAGAAGAUGAUGAUUCUGACUGA